UCAAUCAUAAAAUUUAAACUGCGUAGCUCCUGCAUCAAGUUUUACCGCUUCAAUAAGAGAUGGGGUCACGUGACUUUUGACCAAUCGAAUUCAUCACCGGGUAAGAGCAUGAAUCACCCCACUAGGAAAAAAAAACUGUCUCACUUAACACACAGCGCCUGCUAUUUUGGCUUGUCCGCUAACAAAAACACAUUUUAAUCUCGAUUUUGUUCAGCUUCAGAAAAACAUGCGCGAGUGUGUCUCCGUCCAUGUUGGUCAAGCUGGUGUCCAGAUUGGCAACGCCUGCUGGGAGCUCUACUGCCUGGAGCAUGGGAUCCAGCCGGAUGGACAGAUGCCCAGUGGGAAGACCAUCGGAGGAGGAGACGACUCCUUCAACACUUUCUUCAGUGAGACCGGAGCCGGAAAGCACGUCCCGAGAGCAGUUCUUGUGGACCUGGAGCCCACUGUCAUCGACGAGGUGCGCUGUGGGACGUACCGCCAGCUGUUUCACCCUGAGCAGCUGAUAACUGGGAAGGAGGAUGCUGCUAACAAUUACGCUCGUGGACACUACACCGUUGGCAAAGAGAUCAUCGACUUGGUGCUGGACCGGAUUCGCAAACUGUCUGAACAGUGCACCGGCCUUCAGGGCUUCCUGGUGUUCCACAGCUUCGGAGGCGGCACCGGCUCUGGCUUCACCUCUCUUCUGAUGGAGCGUCUGUCUGUCGACUACGGCAAGAAGUCCAAGCUGGAGUUCUCCAUCUACCCAGCUCCCCAGGUGUCGACCGCUGUGGUGGAGCCUUACAACUCCAUCCUGACCACCCACACCACCCUAGACCACUCGGACUGUGCGUUUAUGUUAGAUAACGAGGCCCUCUUUGAUAUCUGUCGUAGAAACCUCGAUAUCGAGCGUCCCUCUUACACCAACCUGAACAGGUUGAUCAGUCAGGUUGUGUCCUCAGUCACUGCUUCCCUCCGUUUUGAUGGCGCCCUCAAUGUUGAUCUGACAGAGUUCCAGACCAACUUGGUGCCAUAUCCCCGUAUCCACUUCCCUUUGGCUACCUAUGCCCCAGUCAUCUCUGCUGAGAAGGCUUACCACGAGCAGCUAACGGUGUCACAAAUCACCAACUCCUGCUUUGAGCCAGCUAAUCAAUUUGUGAAAUGCGACCCUCGCCAUGGAAAAUACAUGGCUUGCUGCCUUCUGUACCGUGGUGACGUGGUGCCCAAAGAUGUGAAUGCGGCCAUUGCCACCAUCAAAACCAAGCGCUCCAUCCAGUUUGUGGACUGGUGCCCCACUGGUUUCAAGGUUGGAAUCAACUACCAGCCUCCCACUGUAGUUCCUGGUGGAGACCUGGCCAAAGUCCAGAGGGCCGUGUGCAUGCUGAGCAACACCACUGCUAUUGCAGAGGCCUGGGCUCGGCUUGACCACAAGUUCGACCUGAUGUACGCCAAGCGGGCCUUCGUCCACUGGUACGUGGGAGAGGGGAUGGAGGAGGGAGAGUUCUCUGAGGCCAGAGAGGACAUGGCAGCUCUGGAGAAGGAUUAUGAGGAGGUUGGAGCCGAUAGUGUGGGAGAUGACGAGGAAGAGGGAGAAGAGUAUUAAACAGAUCUGCAUUCCCUUAUUGAUCUGUAAACUGUUACAUUUUAUCGUUGAAUAAUAAAGUCUGUUCAUUGACAGGACAAAGUGUUUUCUGUCUUCAUACUUUCAAGCUACACCUAAUUUAUCCUCGAUGGGUUACACACAUUUUACACUGAUUUUAAAUGGUUUGACUGCAGCAAUCUUUUGUCAUUCAGGAGAGUCUUCAACUGGCAAUCUAUGAAGAUGUGAAAUUGAAUCAAGUGAUUUAAGUCUGGCCUAAAGGAGUGGCGUGGUGGCCUGGCAAUCUGACUGCUGUUCUUUUACUAGACUUUAUUGUGUGUGACCUUACCCAGAAAUUAAGUCACAAUUGUACGUCUUUUAGAAUUCAAUGCCUGUUUACAGGUAUUUAUGUUUUUGCAUGUUCUUUUUGAUUCUACAUGGAAUUCUGGUGAAUAAAUGAAACGGUUUAAUUUUUUUGUUUGGUCUAAUAGUGAAUUUUUUU